AAUCCAAUGCUGCUCACUCUUUAUGAGGAUAGUAUUGUUAGUCAAGAAAAUUCAAGAAAUUCAAGAAAGCAAUAAAUCAACGGUCACGAUGCGUCCUCACUGCCUCCUCGCACUCGUUGCCCUCGUCCUUCCUCUGGUUGCCGCUGCAGCCACAGGCCACAGGGACGCCUUGGUCGGCGGUUAUCAGCCCAUAAAGAACAUCAGCGACCCUCAUGUGAAAGAGAUUGCAGAGUUCGCGGUGUCGGAAUACAACAAGCAGGCCCAAGGCAAGAACAAGUUGGUGUUUCAGAGCGUGAUCCGCGGCGAGACCCAGGUGGUGGCCGGCAUAAAGUAUCGCCUUGUCAUUUCGGCCAAGAAUGAGUCGUCGGCGGUGUCCAACCCCACAGCCGCAGCGGCUGCAGGAGACAAUUAUCAGGCUGUUGUCCUGGAAAAGAGUUGGGAGCAUUUUAGGCAAUUGAUCUCCUUCCGUAAAUUGGCAUAGACUAGGUCAUUUUCAGGAGAAUGAUCCUUUCGUGUUUUAAUUAUUAUCUUCUGCAAAUAUGUACUCUGGAGUCUGGACUCUAUGAAUUAUAAUAAAUAAAUUUGAAUAGUUGUCUGGGUGA